CUGAGCAAGUCCAUCCCGCACAGCUGCUACGAGAUCGGCCACACCUGGCAGCCGUCCUGCGGGGGCUCCUUCCUGCAGAUCACCCGCGGGGCCCUGGAGGAGUCCCUCAAGAUCUACGCGCCCCUCUACCUGCACGUACCGCCUUUUCAUCUUGAGAUCACGAGUUGAAGACUCAGGUGGUCUUCCCGGUCUCUCCUUGGAGCUCCUCGGGGACUUGGAAGGUUCUUGCCGUGUUCACGAAAAGCGGCCAGAUGAGGGAUUUUUCAGGAAGUGACUCAAAAUAGUAACAAUCUCAGCUGUUGGACGAGAGGCUUGGCCGUGUGACUUGAUGUUGCUUAAAAACUGACUGCUGAGAAUCGAAAGCAUCGUCCUCGAACUCUUAAAAAUAAUGAAAAUUGAGUGUAACCUCGGUAAUCCCGGCCGAGAUAUCGGUUUCUUUUCAGAAGAGGUUGGGCUCUCUGACCAACCACAGAGGGCCGGAGGGGAAGAUCAGCGAUGUGUAGACCACUGCGUAUUAAACGCUUCCAGUGCCGAAGGCCGUGUUGUGUGCUGGGGGCGAUUCACCGUAAGCGGAUGGGACGGAUUCCUGUCCCACGAGGGGCUCACGAGCUAGGUCGGGGUGAACAAAGAUGGUGAACAGUUACAGUGGAAAGGAAAUGACAAAAUCAACCAUCUCAGAUUGCAGCCAUUCUCCGGAAGCGAAAACUCGAGUACUAUUUACACAAACUGCUGCCCGAGAUCUUACAGUCGGCCUCGUUUUUGACGGCGAAUGGAGCCUUGUACAUGGCUUUCUUUUGCAUUUUAAGAAGGAUCCUUGGAAAAUUCUACUCCUGGAGUCCUGGCUUUGGAGCCGCUCUCCCAGCGUCUUACGUGGCCAUUCUGAUCGAAAGGAAAAGCAGGCAACAGAGACAUUAUUCCGGAUGGCAGUAGCAAGAGGAACCAUCACGACAUUAAGAAAUGGAGAAGUCCUUUUGUUCUGCAUCACAGCUGCCAUGUACAUGUUCUUUUUCAGGUGCAAGGAUGGCUUGAAGGGAUUCACAUUCUCUGCACUUCGAUUCAUUGUCGGGAAAGAAGAAAUCCCCACGCAUUCAUACUCACCAGAGGCAGCAUUUGCAAAAGUGGAACAAAAGAGAAAGCCACAGGAGGAGAAAUCGAGAAGAAUGAACAUAAUCGCCCUGGCCAAGAAACGUGUGGAUUCCAUAUGCAAACUUGGACCGAGACAUAGAUGUUGCAAGCACUAUGAAGAUAACUGCUUCUCCUACUGCAUUAAAGGCUUCAUCAGAAUGUUUAGCGUGGGUUAUUUGAUCCAGUGCUGCCUCCGAAUCCCAUCUGCAUUCAGGCAUCUGUUUACAAAACCAUCCCGGCUUCUCUCUCUGUUUUACAACAAGGAAAACUUCCAGCUUGGAGCUUUUCUUGGUUCUUUCGUCAGUAUUUACAAGGGUACCAGUUGCUUCCUGCGAUGGGUGAGAAACCUGGAUGAUGAGCUACACGCUAUCAUAGCUGGGUUCUUGGCGGGGGUCUCUAUGAUGUUUUACAAAAGUACGACCAUCUCCAUGUAUCUCGCUUCCAAGCUAGUGGAGACUCUGUACUUCAAAGGCAUCGAAGCGGGAAAGGUUCCCUACUUUCCCCAUGCGGACACCAUCAUCUAUUCCAUCUCCACGGCGAUUUGCUUUCAGGCGGCGGUCAUGGAAGUUCAGACCUUGCGGCCGUCUUACUGGAAGUUCCUGUUAAGGCUCACCAAGGGCCGGUUCGCUCUGAUAAAUAGAAAAGUCUUAGACGUAUUCGGCACCGAAGCAUCGAAGCACUUUCCAGACUUCACCCCUCGACUGGAUCCGCGAUACACGACCGUAACCCCGGGGCUGCCCGUCGAAUUAUCCUGAAGACCGCUCUUCCCCCCGCGAUUAAAUGUGAGGACCGUUUCGUCCCGAAGAGUUGAUGAACUUAAGUCGAACAGAAAGAAGAGGGCUUCUGCUCCACUUCAGUGUUAUUUCAACAAGAAAUGCUUUUUUUUUUUUUUUUUUUACCAAUCAGAAAUACUGGAGCUUCGUAGGAAGAUGUGGCUUAAUAAUUAAGCUCCCUCCAGAGCCAGGGUGUGAUUUCGGAUCGCUGGAGUGGGGGGAUCGUAUUGUAGAUUCUUGAUUCAGAUUUGUCCGUGAGUAACGUUAAAUGAUCUAUAGACAAAGAAAUCGCCUAUAUGAGUAUACUUAAGAUAACACUUUAAAAUACCUUUAGUCCAUUCCAAUAUAUUUCUUAGUCCAACUGAGAAUACAGCCCAUUUUAGGCCCUUACAAUAGAACAGAAUUAAAAGUUGCUAUUGAUUUCGUUAUUAUUGUUACUGUUCUUAAUCGAUGGCCACUGUGGUGAAACGGCCUGGAUUUGAAGUAGCCGUGUUAAAAACUUGCUACUCUGUCCCAGAGGAAUUGAAAUAGAAGGACCACGGUUUCUUUAGGGUCGGGGCAGAGACGACGGAUGUUGGCAGACAACAUGGCGUCCACCGAACGAAGCCCCUUUCGAAGGCCGGCUGAGGGGCUCCCGCCGUCUGGAAACCUGCCCCAUCUGGGCGCCGAGAGGGCGGGAGGGAAAUCCCCUCUUGCCGAGUGAAAAAUGGCAGACCCAAGAAGGGAGAAACCCAGGGAUUGCACUUCGGAGGGAGGAGGGCGAGUAAUGAAAAAUUUGACGGAAAAGGCUCAAAGUUGUCUUGUGAGGCGGCAGAGCCCAGCCGGCCGGGACGCACUGCCUCUGACAUCGCGGCAGGAUCAGGAGGCCUCAGAACUGCUUCUCGCCGCGUUGGGCCUGGAGACCGGGGGAAACAGCGUCCUCCAGGGUGAUCGGCAGAGCGGCGGGAAGCUUAGCAGAAUCCCGAAGCGGGCAGGGUUCAGACCUAAGUGGCCCACCCGGGCAGCGAGGUGUUCUCAAGUAGUUAUCUCGGAUAACCGGUCCCGACGGCGUGAGGUCCAACCGGGAUUUCCCAACACUGUUUCUUGGAUUGGCACUCUGCCUUCCCUCCUUCGGGUCACCAAAAUUUCGCUGAGUUCAAGCAGCAAAGCAACAAAAUCUUACCACCACGGAAACAAAUGCAGUUCAGAGGGCCGUGGCUCAGCUGUGGUCCAUUUUACAGCUUUUCAGGGAAAAGCUGAGUUUUACUUGGGGUCUUAGCUAGUUCUGAUGUCUCCUAAAAAUGGGAUAUAGAAGGAGGUGCUGUAUAUUUUUUUAAUAGAAUUUAGCAAGAGAAUGUGCGUAGCCUGAUGUAAAUUCGUGAUGAGGGACAACCGACACCGGGACCAGCCUUCGAAAGAUUCAGUCCCAAAGAGGAAAUUGGCAUGAAUCCACAGGGUUUGCGGGUAACCCCAUCCCCGACUGGUAGGUUGAGACUCGUCCUAAAGUCAAACUCGGAUGGUAUCCGGAGUUGAGGGCUACGUUAAUUUGAUCUAAAACUGUGUUUUUCGAGGAGCUCUGUAGAGUCGACGGUUGACCACUGGGAAAUAGGCGGGUGAUUUUAUGCUAGUUUCAGACUUUGAAAUGGACGAACCCAGUUUAGAGGCCUUUUUUUGGAGGAGGGGUAACCCUCCCAGUUACUGGGAAGACUCCUGCUUUCUCCCUUGCUUCCCACAUCUGGUUUUUAGUGCUUCUCCUAUCGAGUCAAAAAUCAAAAGAUUUUAAUCGAUGGGUUAUCGUUUUCACCAGCAUCAAAAAACUCAUCAAAGAAAAACUUAAAUCCUACUGAAAUUUUUGUUUUCCUGAAUCACCAUAGUAAAAUCUUUGCUGCUUUGAAAGAUGCAAUUCUGUGAUUUAUUAAUAAAAGCUGGGAAUAACACA